AUGGCAGCUAAUCUGCCAGUUGAAGGUGUUGGACGUCGUACGUUGAAAGAUGGAGAGGACAAAACAGGAAUGGGAAAGAUUGCCAGGUUUUUUGGAAACCCGGGCAAAAGACCCACUGUAAAGCAACAGGCCCCAAUAGUGGUUCCGGAGGAUCUAGUAGUCAGCGACCCAGUCAUCAAAACAUUUCAGGAAGAAAGAGCUUCUUUGUACUCCUCAAGCGAUGACAGCAAUCAAGAGUUCGGCACUAUCACGGUGGGCCAGAACGGGUCGAUAACGACUAGUCAAGGGUUCACAGGUCUUGAAAAGGGGCUGACGGAUCGUAUACUGGAUUGGUUGGUGAUGGCCGCUGGUUCUGAGUAUGUCUUCUUCCUGAUGUGGUGUAUCCUGAUUAUUUGGAUCGUUCUGGGCUGCGUUUAUAAAGGUCCUAAUGUUUGGCAAGUUGUUAUGCAGGAUGGCCAAUCUCUUCAGACAUACUUCUGGGAUACCUUGCUGGUGAGGCAACAGCUGAUUAGCGCCCACGAACAGCGGAUUAUAUGUGGUGUGGUACGAUCAAGAAUUGCUUCAUUUAAAAGGUUUGCCAAGGAGCGCCGAAAGUUUGUUGGGUUGAAAGAGAGGGAUGUAGAAGUCGUUGACUUGCCUGUUGGUGAUGUCGAAUUUAGCAGCAAGCUGCUGACCGAGAAUUGGUAUGAUCGUCUUUGUAAUUAUUUCAGUGUCAUCAUCGGUUCCUUGUACACUAUGAUUAUUUUUUGGAUUGGGAUAAUAAUUUGGCUUGUGUGUGGCGUCAUACCUAAACCGGGAGAUAAUGAGCCGCCAUAUACAGGUGAAACGACCGGAAGCAACCCUCAUUUAGUCAAAUUCAGCAGUACAUGGCAAUUGUACAUCAACAGUGCCACGGCAGUGGUUCUUCUCGUGAGCAGCAUGUUUCUUCAGAACAUUAGAGCAAGACAUGACAAGCACAUCUCAAAAUUCAUUGUCCAUAUUUUCAAUGCUGACAGCGAGAUUGAAGAGAAGCUAAGAGUCGAAAAUGGUGACUACGAGAGUGAAAAUCCUAUCGUCACUAUCAAGUCAUCGAAGAGAACUAGGGGACAGAAGAUUAUUGAUCUCUAUGCAGACGUUGUCGGAACAGGUGCAGGUACCGUUAUUGCCGUUGCUGCCAUUGCAGUUUGGCUGGCAAUCGGGAACACAAUGCAUUGGAAUGAUAACUGGUGGUUGAUUAUCGGUACCUAUACGGGUCUUAUUGGGUUCUUGGAUGGAUUUGUCAUCAGAGAAGUUUACUACCGUAUUGUCAAUGAAGAAGAGAAGAACUACGAAGAUGUUGCCACAGAGGAUAUUGAACUACUCGAAACUUUGGGACUUGAAUGUCCAGAGAAAUUUAGUGGUAAGCCACCAGGUCACAAGAAAUCUCUAGAUUUCAGGAUAUCUGUAUGGAUUAACUACGUGUGUUCAAGCCAAUGGAGUGUUCUCUUUUCCAUUGCUGUCAUCAUUGGUCUGAUCAUUGCAGCAUCCUGUCUUCACUGGAGUACUACAGGACAAUUGCUGGCUAAUACGCCUACAAUGAUUAUCGAGGCAUUCUUUAUGAUUGUUUUGAUCCAAGCCCAUAAUUGGGCGGAUUUCCAACGUAGAGUGGAACUUUCGGCCCUCUGUGGUAGAAGACAAAUCCUACUGAACUACCUCACCAAAGGAAGUUCAGAGUCUUUUGGCAACGAAAGUGUUUCGAAAAUCCAAUAA